AUGAGCGACGCCGCCCCCGCCAAGCCGGAGGCUACCCAGCAGGUCGCUGAUCCUGCGCCUACUGCCGCCGAGGAGACUGUCGCAACCGAGUCCAAGCUGGAGGAGACCAAGGAGGAGCCCAAGGAGGAGCCCAAGGAGGAGCCCAAGGAGGACGACAGCAAGAUCCAAGAGGCUGAUGCCACCGCUGAUAAACAACAUCAAGACAAUGACCGGGCCAAUGGCCGAUCCCGCCACCAAAAACGUCCUGCGAACAGCAAGUUCGAUGCGUCGCUCCUGCCCGAGACUGAUGACCCUACCAAGAUCCGCGCUCAGGUCGAGUUCUAUUUCUCUGACAGCAACCUGCCCACCGACAAAUUCAUGUGGGACCAGACCGGGGGCUCGGAGAACAAGCCCGUCAAGGUCAAGAAGAUCUGCGAGUUCCGCCGCAUGCGCCGUUUCCAGCCAUACGAGGCUGUCGUCGCUGCCCUACGGGACAGCAAGUCGCUCAACAUCUCUGGCCCCGAGGGCGAGGAGGAGAUCACCCGAAAGGUCGCCUAUGAGCCCAACCAGCACCGAGGCAAGGCCGAUGCCGCCACUGUGUACGCCAAGGGAUUCGGUGACGAGGAGCCUUCCACCCAGUUCGAUCUCGAGGCCUUCUUCACGCAGUACGGCUCUGUGAAUGCAGUCCGUCUCCGCCGUGCUGAGGACAAGCUCUUCAAGGGAUCCGUCUAUGUCGAGUUCCAGGAUGAAGAGACUGCCAAGAAGUUCCUCGAGCUAGACCCUAAGCCGCAGUGGAAGGGCAACGACCUGAAGAUCAUGUCGAAGAGGGAGUACGUUGACGAGAAGAACACCCUGAUCCGCGAGGGCAAGAUUGAGCCCAGCACCCGACCGCAGCGCUUCUUCGAAGGACGCGAAUCUGGUAAGCGCGGCGGGCGCGGUAGGGGUGGCAAGAACAUUGAUCGCGACGACUGGAAAUCGCGACGUGAUCACGACCAGAAGAACGGCUUCCGCCGCGGCGGUGGUCGAGGCCGGGGGCGUGGCCGUGGCGGAUUCCGUGGUGACCGUGACCGCAAUCGUGAGCGUGAGGACCGCCAGCGCGACGAUGCCAAGCCUACUUCCGACGACAAGGAGGCCGCCUCGGAUUCGACCAACAAGCGCCCUCGCGAGGAAGAUGGGCAGACCGAGGCACCUCCGGCCAAGAAGGUCGACAUCAAGGAGGAGGUCGCCACGGAGGGCUCAUGA